AUGUUCAUUGCUGUCCUGUCAAACGGGAUUGGAGUAGAAGCCCAGGCACCAGCACACCUGACCAGGAUCCCCAUUGGUCUAAUCAACACCACCGCAGACUGCACCAAUAGAACAGUCGAGGGAAAAGUGAUUCGUAAAGGGCCACUGGUGAAACUAGUAUCUGAUAACUUCAUCCUGAAAGCUGUUAUCCAAGAACACGAUGCCACACUCAAUGACUUGUCUCAGAACCUCUCCAUCAAUGUCUUCCUGUUCGGAUCCCUGGCGAAGAGCUUCAGUGAAGUUGUCAGUGAGGGGGACGUGGUCUUGGCUUAUGGCUUCACUGUCGGCAAAUCUCCCACAGCUAAAAAGGACAAGCUUCAUCCCUGUAACCUGAUCUUGUCAGGAGACAACGCAGGCAUCUAUGUUACCAGGGUGAGCAAGGCUCCAAAGUACACGUAUGUGAAGCUGGAUGAUUUGAAGGAUGGGUCUGUUGUGAACAUUUAUGGUGUGGUGGUGUUCUUCAAACAGCCAUUUCAGAGUCAUGGCACAGAUUUCUGUUCCAGUCUGAAAAUCACUGACCAGUCCAAACAAAAUAUUGGAUGCACCAUCUUUUGUGAGAAGCUCGAGGACCAUCCCAUAAUCCUUCAGACUGGAGACAUUGUCCGCAUGCAUAGAGUCAAGGCUAAGUUGUUCAACAACUCGAUCACUCUGAUCAACACGUUUGGUUUCUCUGUGGUCACAUUCAAUGGAUCGGUGGGUGAACCUGUGGAGCCCUGGACUUGUAGCAAAUCCUUCCACUUGGACGAGGAGGACCGGCGGACUGUGGAGGAGCUACGAUCUUGGGCUGCCAGCCAAGGUCUACGCUCUUUAGUUUCUUCUGCAGUCCCUCUGUCUGACAUUCAGCCCAAAUCUUACUUUGACCUGACCUGCCAGCUGCUGGCCAAAGCUCCUAUCCAAAGCACCUGCACACUGCUGAGGGUGUGGGAUGGGACCAGGUGUCCCCACCCUCUGCUUGAAAUAAUCGUUGAGCCAGGUGUCACUGAAGGUCCAACCUCCUUCUCUAAGGCCAAAGAGAGUCUCAUCGCUAAUGUUCUUGUUUUUGACAACCACAUGAAUUUUGCCAAACAGCUGAAGCCUGGUGAUUUCCUGAGGAUCUACAACUUGCAUGCAAUCCCAGGGUCCAACAAAGUACCGGGCCUGACCAGCAGACAACCGGCAAAGAUGGAUCACCUGGCUUUUCAUCUUCACGGGGGAACGUCGUUUGGCAAAGGCAUCAGGAUUCUGCCAGAAAACUGUCCAGAUGUGCAAAAACUGAAGAGAGUUUUGGAAUUUUUACCUGAGGACCGGGAGCAGGAACUGAACGACUUGGAGCUAAUUGAGGUCUGGUGCACUCCGCCUGAGUCUUUGGAUGGAGAUGCAUUGGAGAGGAGCGGAGUGUGUACAGAGAGAAGCUGCAGCCACCAGAUGCAGCCGGUGAUGCUGUCCCAGCUGAAGCAAAACCAUCCAGAUGGACCUCACCAUGUCAGAGUCCAGCUCAGGUCGUACGAGCCCCGCAGGCACCACCAGGCUUUGAAACUCUUCUGUAGCAAGUGUUCAUCAAUUCAGGACGUUCCCGAUGAUGAGGUGGUGGCAGGUAUUUUUUCUGAGGCCUCUCGGCACUCUGAAUCCUGCAGUUCUCCACCGUGGCUCCAGUCAGGAUAUGUUUACCGCCCCGGAGGUUCCCUGGCAUCCUUGGAUCGAGCUCUGGGCGUUUACCUGUGCACCCAGCUAGUGGCUGAUGAAACAGCCAACGACCUGAUUUUCCUCCAUGGUUCCACCCUGGAAGAGACGUGUCGGUUAGCAGAAGGCUACCCAAACCUUGUUCCUGUGAUGUCAUCAGGAGGCCACCUGGCUCUGCUUGACCCAUCUGCACCUUUCCUGUUCCGAGGCAGAAGAAGAUACUACAGGUGUCAGCGGUGCUCCAAGGCCAUAUUGAGGAAGCCGAGCUUCGACAUGUUGGAGGAGAUUGACGAGAAGGUUAUUGCAGAAGCUCUUGGUGUUCAGCUGCUGCAGUUUGUCCUUCUGCUGAAACUGGAGCUGCAGGACUCGACGGACACAUUGAAUGUACUCCUGAUGAAACACACGGAGCUGUUCUUCAACGUGUUGGCGGAGGACGCGUCCACCAACGAGGAGGCUCAGAGCAGGGUCAGACAAAGCAUGGACAUCCUUUGUCCACCAGAGGGUAGCAUGGGUGAGCGUCCGUGGCUCGACCUGUGUCUGACGGCAUACAGAGCCGAAGAUGAUGGACAGAACCAAACCUGCUACCAGAUCUGCAACACGACCCUCCUCACACCUCUACCCAACAUGACCCCUCCUGAAGGAGUGUCUCAUAAAAGAGAAGAACCACGGUGUUCCUCUGAAAUUCACUCAGUAAAUAAUGUAAAUGUGAUGUGA